AUCAUGGCGAUUGUUUGCACUCACGUGACACGGAGUUCGAUGGAAAUCAUCCGAUUCGUAGUAACGAGAACUCUGCGAUUCCGAAGCAGGCGAAACCUCGGCGCAAUCAACGAAAUUCGACCCUGUAACUGCCCGAACGAUUAACGAAUCACUCGUAAAAUAACGCGGACCAACCAGCCAUGACCUUUUCGUCAUGACAACGAUAACACAGCUCACGACCAGCUGCUCGUCGGCUAAUAAAGCCAGGAAUUGAACUUUCGGUGCUUCCAUCUUCAACGAUUUCACAAUAAUGGAGUGGCUGAAUAUUUGACCGCGGAUAAGGGUGGCUCCGCGAUAUUCAUCCCCCGAUACGUUCGAUGGUACGGUAGAAAACUGACAAGAUUUCGCUACCCUUAACGAAUGCGGGGGUGUUCUCGAGGGUGGGUAUACCUACCCGCUGCUACCUUUUUCCUUCAUCGUUCUGCGCUGUUGGUAAUUUUGGUAGUAAUCGCGUCGCUUUUGUCGUAUUUUCGAUUUUGAUUCGGUUGCCUCUGGGCAUUUUUCCGGGUCCGAAGCAACUGAAAUUACAAUCCGAAAUGCGAUCGACGACUAUAUGACUCCGUUGCAUCGUUUCAGAUAGCGCACUAUUUAAUCGGUUACGUGUAUUAAGAACCACGUUAUUCUUCAAUGUCCUGAUUUUAUUCGAGAGUAAAGUAAGCAGACUUAUAUCCGCACGCACCGAGAAUUGCAAUCAAACCGAGGACUGAAUUGAUCCUACAUUACACCGGUCCUCUUUCCGUUUCUUUACGAAAAGUAUAUAAUUCGAAGCUCGUUUAAAACAACAGGGAAUCGUACAGUCGGCUGUAUCGGUACACACAUUAACACAAAUAGGAGAUUAAAUUUUUGGAUGUGUGUAAGUCGUACAAUCGACACGCACAUUUUUGUUUAAAUUGAACGUACAUACGCAACAAAUUAUUUCAGCUAUUUAUCAAAGUAUUUAAAACGGUGAAAACAAAAUUAGGAUCGCUAACAAUUAUCCUGCAAUUGGGCUUCGAAUUUGCCUUAUUUCAUUUUUCAUACUUCAAUAAUUCAUCGUCCUCUUGGUUAUUUAUACCACCCGGAGUCCGAGUGUCUUGAGAUAAUAACGCCUGAUAUAUGCGACAUUAUUCGACGGUCACGCGAGGUCGGUUAUAAAACAGGCGAGUUCGAAAGCUGCAAUAUCAGAGCAAUCCCCUUCGUAAAGAGUGAAACUUUGAAGCUUGUUAUCAAAUUUCACUAAUUAAAUAUCCGAGAAAAAUAAACCAGCCAGUAUAACGCGUUGAUCUUCGCAUCUGAUGGUGAGAUAAAAAAAAUGCGGACCGCAACAUCAAUUCGUCCGGUAAAAACGGAUUUUGAUAUCGCCAUUGGCGGUUUGAGGCGGGCAAUGAGCCUGUUGGCAAUAUGGCCACAGAUGCAGCGGAGAUUUCAUCUCACAAUUAUUUGGCUGGUUUAUCUAAUCGGAUUCGUCAUUGCGAUCCUCGCCAGCUACGCCGGGACACUAGGGACGGGGAAGGAUCUCGAACGGGUCGUAGCUGGUCUCGGGCAGAGUAUCCCGGUCACUGUAAUCGGUGUAAAGUAUGCCUUGUUCAAGGCUCAAAUGUCUCCUCUAAAAAGUAUCUUGGAGGGCAUGGAAGACGAUUGGAAAAAUCAAAAACGAAGCCCAACGAAAGAAAACGAUCGGGUCGUCAUGCUUUCUCACGCUCGGAUAUCGAAAAUAUUUUUCAAUCUGUACACCGCGAUCGUCAUGACCUGCUGGGGUCUUUUCGUAGUGUCACCGCUGGCCAGAAUGAUUUCCCACGGAAUCGAAACGAGAAAUUCCACCGAUUUUCCAAUGAGUUCAUAUUACCCCUUUAUGACACGCCAGAGUUCGAUGUACGAGAUCGUUUACGUAUUUGAAGUAGUUUGGGGAACGGCGAUGGUCAUCGCGCAUACGAGCAUCGACGGACUCCUCGUUGCGAUAAUUUUUCAUCUCUGCGGACAGUUGGAAAUACUACGUUGCCGGAUCGAGGAGUUCAAUACGAAGGAACAGACCACCGAUACGAUGAUAGCGCAAAUUAAAGGGAUAGUGAUAAAACAUGAGGCAAUAAUGAACGCAGCUCGAGCCCUGGAAGAGUCAUUCAAUCACAUUCUGUUGGGACAAUUACUCGGAGGAACGUUUCACAUCUGUUUAGCAGGAUUUAGUAUUCUUCAGGCGAUGGAAUCUAGUAAUCCCACAGCGUUUGUGCAAUUUGGAUUAUUGCUCGCGAUGGCGUUGCAGCAAAUGUUCAUUUACAGUUUUGCCGGUGAUUAUCUGACGACACAGGGUGCUGUAAUCCGAAUGGCUGUCUACAAAGCGAAUUGGUACGAAGUCCCGCCGUCGGUAGGCAGGUCAUUUUUAUUGAUAAUGGUCAGAGCAGCGAGACCGAUGAAUGUUACCGCCGGAAAAUUUUCACCCAUGUCGCUGACCAGCUUUACAGGGCUACUCAAGUCUGCGGUAUCGUAUCUUUCGGUACUGAGGGCCAUGAAUCGGGAUAAAUUCAACUAACCGCUUAUCGUUCUCUGUAAGAAUAAAAAUAUCUAAUCUCGACAUUUAUUACAUGCGGCGCAACGACGGUUUUCUUUCGACGAACAACUGGUAUAGAUGAGGUAAGAGACUUGAAAGACUAUUUCAUGUCUAUUGACCAAGUUUCAUUUGUCUCAAGUCCGAUAGCUCUCGAUAUUCAACAACUCAACUUGCAAUAAUUUUUGAAGCUCCAUUAGACAAAUUGUGAUAAUCAUAUUCCGAAACAUUAUAUGAGAAUUGUUACGAUAAUUUCAGCAAAAAACCUAGGAAAAAAAAUUACAAUUGAUCAAAAUUAAAAUGAUGAACAAAUUUUUGCGACUUGAUAAAUUGUCUUCAACCCCAUCAUUCUUGACUGGAGCUCCUUCAACCAUCAGACUCCCGACCAACAAUAAACGGAAAAAAAUGCCCGAAAAGUUCUGAAAAAAUUUCGGCCCUCCCGGAGUGAACCCGUGCAACUUUUCCCCUCUGCGUCCAGUAACUCCUAUACACCCCAUGGUUCUUGGAUUAUACGUCACGUUUCGAUAUCUCAUCUUUUUUGCAAAAAAUGCAAUAGCAGAGCAGAAAAAUAUUGCAGAAAACUUUUGAAGAAGUGAGAAUGAAGCCCUUGAAACGUGGAAAUUUCGGGUAAUAGCCAAAUUGAAAAAUUCGUACCAAGACCAAAAAAUCACGUAAAUCUUGUGAAAAAAUAACGAAAUGCAGCUAAAUCCAUCCGAGUUGAUUAAAACCGUCAAUUGCCGAAGUGCAAUUCGGUAUUCGGUCACCGUAGCGCCUCGUACGUAGAUCCUUCUGUUCCGGAGCAACGCCAGUACGGCCGCGGCAGCCGAGGCGACAACCUCGUCAGGAGCGAUAUCGAUGGUAGCGCGUACGACAUCCUUGUCGGAGAGAAAGGAGAAGCUGGAAAUGACACAGGCAGAGAGAGAGAGAUACAUUGGGAUUUGUACUUGACAGACGUCGAAAUUGCCCAGGUCUUCGCGGUACGGUUCAACUUU